CAGACAGAGUGGCCAAAGGACAGCAGGGUGCUGUGUUAUACCACAUAUCUGGUGUCAGCAACAAAAACAGCAGAAUCUCAUUUACUAUUAUAUAGGUUCUGAAGAUUCCCUUUUGUCCAUUUAGCCUCAAGAUGGUGAAAACUAGUUGGUUGUUCCUGCUGCUCCUUGUGACUCUGACAGGCAGUAAGGCUGAAAAUACCCGCAGUGGCUUCUGGGAAUACUUAAGCCAGCUGACCAGCGAUAAGGACAAAUGGGACCUACAGCAGAAUGCAGCACGAGAGAUAAACACUCUGAAGAGCAGUUUCCAGAAUGGAGUUAAUUAUGUUGGCAAAUUCCUAGGACCACUGAAAAAUGGGUUUCAGCAACGGUUGUAUCAGGACACUGAUGGUCUUCAAAGACUUAUCAGCAGAGAAUUGCAAGAGCUCCGCAGGAAGAUAUACCCAUACAUGGAUGAAGCACACCAGAAAAUCAGCAAAAAUCUGGAGCAGCUACAAAGUCGCUUACUACCAUACACAAGUGAACUGAAAGACCAGGUGGAAUGGGGAGCACAAGAGCUGCACCUUCAACUCAGACCAUAUAAAGAUGAUCUGAAAACCUGGAAAAUGGAUAAACUAGCUGAACAUUUACAAGACCGUAUUAUUCUCCAUACCGGAAGAGUUAAGGAAGGUUUCUACCCACUAGCUGAACGAUUAGUGGAAGAGAUCCAUCAUGCCGCAGAAGAAUUACAUUUAAAUCUUUUGCCUCAUACACACACAACACAGGAUAAGCUGAGCCAACAGGUGCAGGAACUAUCUCAAAAACUUACUAAAAAUGCCAGGGAUCUUCAUGAGAAAAUUCACAAGAAUCUGGAUGAGUUAAAACAGCAGUUGGUGUCCUACCCUCAUCAGAUAAAACAACAAUUCCCUAAUGGACACAGCGCAGAACAUGUAGCCCCUUAUGUGGAUGAGAUGGCUGCUCAGGUACAGAAAGAGGUGGAAGAAUUCCAGAGAAGCACUAAGAUGCAGAUAGAGGACUUUACAAGAACCAUCAAUAAAGAGGCUGAGGAAAUGCAAAACAAGUUAUCCCCUGCAUCUUGGGAUUUUCAAGACAGUGUUAGCACGGUAGAGGAUGUGCAAGAGAAACUGGAUUCCUUGUGGAGGGACAUAGCCCAGAGUCUGGACUAAUAAUGUGACUUUGAGGCACUAAUAAUCCACCAAUGAAAUGUGAGAUCACAGUAACAUUAAGGCACUUGCUACUGCUACAGUAUCACUAAGCAAUUAUGUUCAGUGGUCAAAGUAUGAUGGUACCUAUUGGUACAAAAUAGCUCAAGGUUUUGUUUACAAAUCAGGGACAUUCCAAUUUUAUAAUUAAGAGAUCAAAACACCACUGUAUUUUUUAUUUGAAUUCAUCCAUAUUUCUAAUGGGAUUAGGCUUAAAGCAUUCUGUUUUAUAUUUAUAUGCUUGUUCAUAAACUUGUUAUAUUGUACAUAAUAAACUGUUUUUGUAAAA